AUGGACCGCGCUGAAGUAGACAACUUCCUGGAGGCCAUGUAUGCUUCCGGUCUGGCGGCGCAGAAAAUAGCGGUGGACCCCGAUACGCUGGCGCUGAGACCGUCAGAGGCUCCCGUGGUGCUGCCCAUGCCGCACCACUCUCAUCUCGGUGGUGACGGGCUGCCCGCUGUUCAGGGGGAGACCGGCGCGGCGAGUGAGGCGGCGCCGCGGAAGGAAAGAGGGCCGGCGAUACGGCGCGGGGUGGCAAAGAAAACGGUGCGCCCCACGGAGGGAGUAACCAUAGCGGGGUUGGAGCCGUCGAGAGGGGGUGCGAGGGCUGCCGCUGCUGGAGCUUCGAUGCCGGUUGUGCAACCAUCUAAGGAAGCUUCGCCGACAACCAGUACCGCUCCCACUGCUGCCCCUACUGCCUCCCCUGGUCAUGUUGGAGCUCGCUCGGGUAGCGGGGAGAGUGGUGGAUUCCCAGAGGGCGAUUCUCAGCGGACACCUACACAGUCUGAGAUGUCUCGCGCUGGGUUCCUGGCGGCCCACACUCGGGCGAAUGGCACAGUAGAGACCCCCAGUCCCACAGCCCGAGGGUCUGACCAGACGAGCCGCGCACAUCCACCGCAGGCCGCCAGUGGAGAUGCUGAAGGUAGCGGAGCCGACGUUGCCAACCCCGCCAACCCUUGA